UUAAGUUCUUGGAAAUAGACGAUAUUGUGGUUAAAAAUAAAUAUCCCGCGCGCAAUGCAUUCUGGGAUUGAUUUGGUGAUAACAUUGCUGUCGCUUCUUUAAGAAGAGCCAUUUUGAUCUGAUCAGUAGAAAGUUAUAUAAGGAAAAGAAAAUGUCUCCAAAAAUUAAUGAAAUUAUUGAAAGAUUCUCCCACAAGGGGUUAAAAGAAGAUUCGAAAAGUGAAAUAUUUCGCACGUGGAGCAUCGUCGACCUUAAAAUGUUCCUGAAACUUACCAACAACAGCAAGGGAAUCUCGAAUUUAAAGAAGGAAGCACUGUUAGAGAAAGUGGUUUCAUUUUGGACUGCAGGUGUAGAUUUCACCAAACAGAGUAGCAGCGACUCUGUUGUAAAUCAUAGAAAGGAAAUACUUCAUGGAGAAAAAUAUCCUCCCACUCACCCUGGUAUGGUGCAGGAAAGUUUUAGUAAAUGGACUGUAGCACAGUUACAAGAUUUUUUACAAGAUAGGAAUUAACCGAUCUGGUAGAAAGGAGCAACUUGUUUUGAAUGCAUGUUCCGCUUAUAAUCUCCAAUUUCCUGUAGUUUUUCUGGACCCCCAAGAAGAACAGGCUGAAAUUCUUAAUGAUCGAUCAUCGAAAUUGCAUCUUGAAGGUGGUCUUGUUAAAUUACUAAAUAAUAAUUACUAAAUAUUACAUUAACCGAUGGCUGGAUGAAGGCUCCAUCUUAUUUACCAAAUACAACACAAGGUGACAUAAAAGAAUAUUUAGACAAAAAUGAUGCUGGGAAAGCAAGGGUGGACAGAGUUUACUAGCAUCUAACCAUUUAGACAAUGUUAUGUCGCACAAUAUCAGUAAUAAUAUUCGGUAUUGUUUUGUUUGAGGUAUAUGCUUGCCAGAGCAGAAGUUAAGCAACGAAUAUUACAAUGUUUGGGUUUGCUUGCACAAAGACAAUGCUAAAGUUAUAUGUGGCGAUUGUUCUUAUGUUGCAGGUGUUGGAGGAGUUUGCAAGCAUGUUGGAUGCCUAUUAUGGUACAUUAAACGAGAGGUACGUGAAGAUAGAAACAUGACAUGCACAUCAAAGCCACAGAUGUGGCAUGCACCUACAAAAAGGCAAACAAAACUACAUCAACCGGAUAUGAUUAAUAACAUCGAGAUAAAAAAGCCAAAGAUUGAAAAUAUUUUUACUGUAAACCCAAAAUACGAAAGAUCUUCAUUUGAUCCAAGAGCGCCUCAUCAUCGAGAACCGAUCACAGUGUCACAAGCCGAUUGCAACAUGUUAGCCUCUGCUACUAAUGGUAAUUGUGGCAUUGUACUUUUAAUACGCCAACACGGUGAAGAUGAUGGUAGUCAAGAAACUGAACCAUGUAAUUUUGUCGAAAUUAAAAUAAGCGAACAUAUUGAAUUUCCAAAAACGAUAAAACAACAUGUGGAUGAAAUUGAUUAGUUGAAUGUUGACUUUGACGAAAAAGUGCAAAUUUUGAAAGAAAAUGUUGUGAUGAAUAAAAAUCAAGCUGGAUUGGUUCAAAAUGAAACAUUACUUCAAAGUGAAAGCUCAAAAUGGUUCGAACACCGACUACAUCGCAUCACCGCAUCGGAAUUCAAAAUGGUUUCAUACAAAGUGGAGAACAAUGCAGUUAAAAAUGUAAACAAAGUCAAAACUGCUGUAUUCAACAUUUGCGGCAAUUACAAAUCGUAUACAUCCAAAGCAGCAAAAUGGGGAAUCGAAAAUAAAGAUAAUGCUCGUAAAUUAUAUGUUAAAGAAAUGAAAAAAACACAUAAGAAAUUUAGUGUUAGAUGCACCGGCUUCCAUAUAAGUCUUCAGCACCCUUUUGUUGGUGCCUCCCCAGAUGGAAUUGCUCAUUGUGCAUGUCAUAAAACUGGAUUAUUAGAAAUAAAAUGUCCUUGGACAUAUCGAAACUUGACUGCGAAAGAGUAUGCUGAAAAAAAGGAGAGUUGUUUGCAUGUUGUAAAUGGUCAUGUUGAGUUGAAACGAAAUCAUCAAUACUAUUUUCAGGUACAUUGCCAGAUGGGAGUUACUGGUUAUAGAUAUUGUGAUUUUUUCGUUUGCACAUCUAAAGAAUCGUUUACUGAGAGAAUACCAUUUAAUGCAGCUUUCUGGUACAUUAUUGUUACAAAAGCAAUGAUUUUUUAUGAAAUUGUCAUCAUUCCAGAACUUUUCAACAAAACAUGGAAGAAAGCUCAGCAUGACUUAGAAGUUGCUGAAGAAGUUUUAAAUGAUAUUGUAAACAAAAUUUGCGACGUUUAUGAACAUUGUAAUUUUUUUCCAACUAAUGGUGUGAUACAUAUUUUUAACAUACACAUUUUGAAUCAACCUUUCCCACUAUUUCUGAUAUGAUACGUUUGUUUUGUUGAACUUGCCACCAUUUCGAAAUGACUUUGCGAACUUUUUAUCACCUUUUGUUUUUUUGCAAUUCUGGCACUCCAUAGUUGCUAAUCUUUCGACGAAUCAGGCUGUUUUCUUUUGUUUGAGAAGGAGCGCAAGAAUGUUAUUUGGGGGCGCCGACUCGAUCAAAAUUCUAAAAUCAACUUUGAUGCCCGAAAUCAGUUUGUUUACAUAUGACUUGUUUACAUCAGACAUGCGGAUACUUUAAAGACAAUUAAUUCUGAUAUAUAUCACAACCGAAUCUCGGUAUAGGUUACGGAAAAUAGCAAAGUACGGUUUCUUUGUCACGUGGUGUCAUUCGUGAAGAGUGAGCUAAUGACAUAAAUUUUUAGGAUUUACGUACAGGAUGCUUUGGUUACACUCAAGCGCAAUUAUUGCACACAUAAAAUUUGUGUUACUUAUUACAAAAAUACCACUGGGUUUGUUUACAAAAGAGAACAACCUCGAUGUUGUUUGAUGUUGUUCUUACAGGUAGCUUAGCUACCCUAUAGCUAGAUUUAAGACUAUUCUAGCAUUUAUUACUUAAAACUCAGUAAAAUAAGUCAAGUUGAAUAUUAAACUUUUUGGCCCUAGCUAGCUAGACUAAGUAUGAAAGGACAAGGCUGAGCUUUUUAGCUGGGUUAAAAGUCAAAACUUAAGAGGAAAAUUACAUGACAAAAUUAUAUUACACAUAUUUGAGAACACCUGCAGGAAAAUUCAUUGUUCGUCAAGUUACCCCAUAUGAGUAAUAUGGAGAUUUCUUCAUAAAAACAUCAGAAACUUUUUCAUGUGGAUUACUUUUACAUUAACAAAAAUUAAAAUUUUUAAGAUAAACUUUUGCGAUUUUGUCGUUCAUUAGUUUUCAAAUUUCUCGCUGGAAAUUUUUAAGGUUUAAAACCCAUGUCCCACAGUAACUUUUUCAUCCUUAUCCUAAUGUCAUAUACAUAAGCUCUGCAACAACUUUUGCAGAAAAAAAAACACAUUGUUAUCAAAAUAUUAUAAAUUAAUUUGGUGCCAGCGGUGUGAAAAGCUAUACUAAGUAAAAGUCCUAUUUCUUCAGUAGAAAUUGAAAUAAUGACUUGAAACUUAGUAUUAUAUGUUUUUGGACCAGUUUGAUGAAAUGAACCCAAAAAAUGUUUUUACUACUAUCAUAGUUUCUGAGUUCCUGAAUUUAGUCAUUUUUGGAGACGCCAAUAAACUGUUUUUGACAGCAUAUCAAUUUUGACAAGCCAUGUGUAUAGAAAACAUUCAAAGUGAUUCUCAGGAUUAAAAAUAAUUCAAACAGAUAAAAUGUGUCCCAGGUUUAGGACCAAAUUCUUUAUCCAGCUCAGAAAAAGUGGGAAUGUGCUUCUAAAGCACAGUGCCAAAUACAUAAUCUAAAUUUUAUGCCGUAUAUAUACAACGUGGCUAGAAAGUUAUUUUUUUGUCCACCUGGAUCUGCAACACGUUUACUUGCACUAAUCGCUCAGCCUGGUACCACUCACAAUUAAUUUUUGAAUAUCCACAGGAACUUAUUAUGCAAAAUAAAAAAUUCUAAACAACUGUGUUUGCUUUGCAGAAGUAUCAAUAGGCUUCAUCAUAAGUCCUGUGAAUGUUGGUUUAUGAAAAAUAUACUGAAUCUUUAAUGAAACAAGCGCUCCACUGGAUUUGUAACACAUUACGCUAAGUGUUCUCCGUGUGACACAGUUUACCCUUUAUUAACUCUUAACCUCGACAGAGACUUUAGGUCUUCCCUCUCCAAGCGAAUAUUCCUUCUGGCUAUACUUUCCCAAAUUUUCUUAUUUUAUAAAAGGAACCUGAAAAUCUACAAAAAUUUAUUUAUGAAAAAUAGGUUCCCGUUCGAUAAAAGAAACCUGAACAUUUGCAGAAAUUUAUUAAUGCAAUACAGGUUUCUGUUUGUCGCGACAACAUAUUUAACCAACAUGCAAUGUCUUACAUACCUAACUAGCUAUACACUCAAGUCUUAACUGUUCACUGUUAUGGGAGAUCCAAAUAGCUAGCUAGCUAUCUUUAUUUAAAAUGACAGAAUGCCUUAAAAAAACUUUUGUGCAGCUAGCUACAUAAAAAUAUUAUAUUUAGCUCCUGUACUUUAUCACUUCAUUGUUUAAUAACAAAUGUGCCCCUGGAGUGCUGGCAUGGUACUAGCUAUAGGUAGCUUAAAAUCACAAAAUAAAUAUUAUCCAGAUGUGACCAUCUUUCAUCAUCAGACAUCAGAAAGGAGUUUCUGUUCUUUACUUCUCAUUGUGGGGUACCUCAAAUUCGUGUAAAUCCAAUGAAAAAAAAAUUACUUAAGACUUUCUUAGCUUCCAACAGCGUCUCGUUCACAAGUUUCAGCGCUGGCCAAUAUGAUGGACAACGUCGAGGAACCCUGGGAAUUGUGAAAAAAUGUGGUUCUGCCUUAUGAUUUUCAGAUUUUUGCUGCUGAUAUCAGCAUAUUUUAGCCCUCGAGUGCCACACCUCUGUAUAUAUAGGAGUUAUUUAUCUUUAAUGGGAUAAACUUUCGCGGGAUAAACUUUCUCGAGUUAGAAAAUUCGCGAAAUCUUUAAAUUUCGCGAGGAUAAACUUUCGCGAAUCCAUCAUCAUAGAAAUUUUCGCAGGGAUAAACUUUCGCGAGUGAAUAAAUUUUGAAAAUUUGGAUGGACAAACUUUCGCGAUUUCAAAAUAUUAAAAAAAAUCAAACCCAAAUUUCGGCACAUAUUUUGCCUUGUCAUAUUGGGAAAGAAAAAACAAAAAAAAGGUAUUUCUUCAUGGGAUAAACUUUCGCGAAUAGCAAAUUUAAAAAAUUUCGCGAGGAUUAAGUUUAGCGAAUGGGCGAUUUUACAUUUUACAGUAAUUCUCACAAAUAGGGAACAACAUUGAUCUCAUCAUUUUAAGCUAACAGAAUCUUCAACCAUUAAAAGAAAGACAAAAUAUUGAUUUAUAAUAAUUCGCAUAACAUCAUAAAGGUACAAGUGCAGGUCCUAAAUUCGUUAUUGCUGAACAAAUAACAAAUAUAUUGUCAAGUUGGUCCUUUAAAGUCAAAGGUAAAGCUCCUUGAAUGAUACGAAAAUCUUUGAUUCUUAAACUUUCAACAGAAAAGAAAUCCAAGUUGCCAAUAUCUGUGAUGUAGCCGCCUGUGA